AAAAAUUGUCCCUUGUGUGGUCCAGUGCCUGCUUUCUUUUCUUGCUUUUCCCACCAUUUCCGAGCAAUCAUCUGUCUGAAGUAAACCACACCCUCAAUCCCAGGGACGCCCUUCAACGCCUCGCAUACAUAUGUCAGAUCCCCCAUAUCGACAUCUUACUUAGGUCUCUCUGCACUGCCAGCGCCCUUGCCCCCCCAUUGGCCCGCAAACCCCCGUCGAUCCCACCGCAUUCGCCCCCAAAGAAGCAACCAUCGCAGGGCAAUCCUCGAAAAAGCCAUCGCUCAGCCUCGAGACAUCUUCGAGACACAUCCCGACCUCUCAGAGUCCAGAAUAUCCCGACUGUCCUCGAAAAAGGACCUCGAGUUCCUGCCGCUGUCCCAAAACCACUCGCAGUUCUCCCGACAGAUCGGUAAAAGCAACGUCGGCUCAAGUCACAGAACCCUCCUUCCACAAGGUUUGCUUGCUCCCAAAAUCACCCCUCAAAUACCCCGAACUGCAGGACUGAUCAGCGACUUCUUGCUCCGACGGCAGGUCUCUCACCAGCAAAACCUCCCCUGCGUCUCGUUUUCCGUUGAUCGACUGCCGACCUUCAAAGAUCACCCUGCCUGCUUCCGAUCCCUGUGCAACUUGCAGUGCCUUGCAUUGCUGUUCAAAUUGCUGCUGCCGGCCGAUACCCUACAGCCAAAGCCGUUGCGACAGACGACUUUCUGUUCUGCCUAGAGGUCGUACUGGACACUAUUCAACUCAGUUUCCGAGUUAGAGAAGAAUAUACAGGAAAGAUCUCCGCCGUGUGACCAGCCGACCACAUUGACUUGCCCUCUCUCGACUGGUCCAGUGACAAUCGGUUCUGCCGAGGUCUAGGCCAGACCCUUAUACAACACCCUUACCGCAGCUGGUGAUUUUUUUUUAAUUAGACGUCCUCAUUGUCCAACCCAACGCAGUCGCGCCUUUUCGCACGGGCGGAUGUGUCAGUCUUGCUUGUCAAGUCUGUCAAAGCCUUUGUGAGUCGAUUCCAAGUACGAGCUUUCGGGUUUACCAUAAGCCCACCCCACGUCGGCAUCGAGGACUGGCAUCUAUCAUGACGGGGAAGAUGACCCUAUAUAAACUGGUGGUGCUGGGAGAUGGCGGUGUUGGGAAAACGGCUUUGAUAAUUCAGUUAUGUCUGAACCAUUUUGUCGAAACCUACGACCCUACCAUUGAAGACUCUUAUCGGAAACAAGUCAUGAUAGAUCAGCAGGCGUGCAUGCUUGAAGUUCUCGAUACUGCCGGACAAGAGGAGUAUACUGCGCUGCGCGAUCAAUGGAUCCGCGACGGUGAAGGAUUUAUCCUCGUCUACAGCAUCACCUCGAGAAAUUCUUUCAGCAGAAUCCAAAAGUGGUAUUCCCAAGUACAGCGAGUCAAGGAGUCAGGCCAUCCGAAUUCGCCUACCGGCGCGAAUUAUCUCCAAUCUCAAAUGCCCGGACAGUCCACGUACAACGGUCCUCCCAUCAUUAUGUUGGUUGGCAAUAAGAGCGAUCAGCACCAUGAACGAGAGGUUCCUUUCCAAGAAGGCCAAGCACUGGCCAAAGAUCUGGGCUGCGAAUUCGUCGAGGCGUCGGCCAAAAACUGUAUCAAUGUCGAAAAGGCCUUCUACGAUGUCGUGAGACAGUUGAGGAGACAGCGACAAUCACCCAUGAAGCCAAUUGACCGGAAAGGCACAAACUACAUGUCACAACCGACUCCGCGGAACAACUUUGACUCGGAUCACCAACGGAUAUACCGCGACCACAACAAAAAGCGUGGUACCAAAUGUGUUAUUCUAUGAAUGAGACUAAGCUUAACCAACGUCCCAAGGAUUGGUGCUUGAUAUGAAGCUAUGAGCCACUCAUGUCCAGAGCUGACGACAGUUUUAAUGUCGGGAUCUGCGGUGCAACCAAAAUUUCUGUUAUCCCCCCGGAGUUCCACAUUGAUCAUCUCGAAAGACGCACACCACCGCCUCUAUGCAUGUGGACAGAAAGAAAUCCAAUCUGUCGGGACAUGGACAUCCUCGGCAUUUUUUUAUCCACACGGCGCCAUUUUCGCUUGUUCCCUCCAUCCCGCUACCUCGACGACAACUCAUGUGUCCCGCUGGCCUUGGUUUGAGAGGACUCCAUCGGCACGAAGAAAGCUUAGAACAGCGACCAGACCUAUUGCAAGUGAAGAACACCGUAUGAGCUACAGUACAGCAGCACCAUUUAUCAAACUCCAGUGUACAAUAUAUUCACGCCUAAGAUAUUAGAAAGGGAUAUGUCUCCAAAUGUCAGAAGCUUUCCAUGCCCUGCUUAGCUCCGAGCCAACCUGCAUGUGUGGCAAGCCCGAUUCGACAGCUGCUCGUGGAGCAGGGACGGACAAGAAUCUUGAUGGAUGUGCAACGUGGUUGGGCAUGGUUCGGGCUUUCAAUAUGGGACUCCACGACACCGGCAUAACAGCCCCAUCUGGCAUGGCUACCUGGACUGGCGCCGGGGCGACGACAGAUGUGGCGCGGCUUCAUGUAUUGAAGUUCCAAACUGAGGCCGAGGUCGUAUUUGACCGACCGUCAACCUGGCACUGGGUUGGAUGGGCACCAAGAGGAGGGCCGUGAUAUCUACCGAGUACUCGGUACAUUGAUGGGAGGGGCACUCCGGACCUCGUGUGGUUAUGCUCGGAAGUCGAAACGGCGGAGAUCAAUCAGGUCUCCAAGAAUUGGUUUGGGCUUUUUGCGGGACCAGGGAAGAACCAGGCACCCAACUUGCAGGCUACUGUACUUGCGGCUAGUUAGAGCGAACAAAGUCGUAUAGACAAGACAAACCAGGCACAGUCUCGCGUGGCUGUCAAAAAGUUAAACCGAACGGAGUUUCCCAGCUUGUCCCUUUGUGCCCAACGCCCAGCG